AUGGGGUGUCGAAGUCUGCAAUCAAUUUCACAUCAAAGUGGACAAAAAGGUCCCCCUCUUUCUCUUCGACGUUUGACUACUGCGGAUUGCUCUGAGCUGAGCUGCCUACCAAGUGAAAUAAUUGAGUCCACCAGGGGUCUAGAGCAUCUAAUCGUGACUAGAUGCGAGAAACUCAUUUCUUUUCCAAUAGAUUUGGGGGAAUCGCCUUGUAUCUCAUACUUAAUAAUAGACAAUUGUCCUGAAUUGAGGAGUUUGCCCAAGGGAAUUGGCCGUCUUAGCAACUUAAGAGAAUUGAGAAUUCGUGGAUUCUCAGAAUCAAUUGAUUUCAACUCAUUCCAAGUUGCUCUCGACGGCAUCCAACAAUCCAAAUCUCUCAGGAGUUUGAUUUUAUAUGGUUGGGAACAUUGGGACUCAUUGUCAUAUCAGAUUCAGCAUUUCACUUCGCUCCGAAACAUAAAAUUAGAAGGUUUUGGAAUUGAAGCAUUGCCAUAG